AUUCGUUCUUAAGGUCUAUCGGCAGCAGGUUUGCUAGGGAUCUUUUCUCCCCCCCUCUCUGGCGCGGGUGGAGGUGGAUCUUAAAACAAGGCUGCCACUUCAAGGUUUACGGCCCAGGGCGCUACAGCCGGGAGAGAUGAGUGAACUUCGGCCUCUGACUAAGGCUGAAGCGCAGAGCCUCGGGCCACCCGACUGGAAGCACGCUUGUCAUGCCCUUUUAUACGCGCCCAACCCCGGCCGGCUUUUUGGCAAGAUCCCGUUGCGUUUCGCAGUGUUGAUGCAGAUGAGGUUUGACGGUCGGCUGGGAUUUCCAGGCGGAUUUGUGGAUCCCCGGGAUAUUUCCUUGGAAGAAGGAUUAAAUCGAGAACUGUGUGAAGAGUUGGGCCCUGGGGCUGCCUCCCUCCACCUGGCUGAGAAGGACUACUUGAGCUCCCAUGCUUCUGAGCAGCCACAGAGAGUGGUGAUGCAUUUCUAUGCCAAGCAGCUUAGCUUGGAAGAGUUCCGAAUGGUAGAGGAAGGGGCUAUUCAGGCAAAAGACCAUGGACUUGAGGUGAUGGGCCUCAUCCGCGUUCCCCUCUAUAUUCUGCGUGAUGGUGUUGGGGGCCUCCCAAUGUUCCUCAGCAAUACUUUUAUUGGCAAUGCCCGGGAGCAGCUCAUUCAUGCCUUGGACACUCUCCAACUCAUGCCAGCUGAACAACUUCAAAAGGCUGUUAGGAUCGCUCAAAAGAGACAUUGAGCCUCAUUGACUUUGGCUGCUGCCUGUUCACCCUGAUAGCCUUUGGGAUGUAAUCCUGAAAGAAUUUCAGACUUUAGGAACAGGCGCAAGAUGAAGAAACUUAAAUAUGGUCCUCACUCCAGUCUUCUACCCGGGCAUUGUUGCUAGUGUUGCUGAAUAGCUUGGUGCAAGGGUUUGGAGUCUGAAUGUGGAUUCCAAUGAUCAGGUUGUUGCGUAUUUAAAACACAUUGAUUGUGUCUCUCUUGCCUAGAGGUAGGUAACACGGAUUGAAAGAUUGAAGCCAUUUUGAUUGUUCUUAUCUUCACGGAACAUGUUUGUGAUCCACCUUCCUACAUCCUGCUUGUAGGCAUAAGAGUUCUUCCAAUCAAAAAACACCCUUGCAAAAAUAUCUCUGACCUACCUCAUCUUCUGUUUUCCAACAUUUACUCUAAAUAUAUUUUGUUAUUGAGAGCAUUCUGAACUUCAUGGAAGUUGCAUUUACCUUCUCUGUAAAAGCCAACUGCAAAUACCUGUUGAUUACUUCAUUAUUUCAUUGUCAGAUUUCCUUUAUUUUUUAUCAGUGGUUAAAGAAUGGUUGUGACUUGUGUGUGACUCUUGACUCAUACAUUUUUUAUUAGCUCAUAAGGAAAUGGCAAGUCACCACUGGAAACAGUUUUCUGUCUCCUUCCCCUUCUCUUUUCCAAUUCUUGGGAUAUAUUGACAUAGAUGUGGAAAAGUAGAAGUAUGCCGUCAUCCAAAUUAUUGUACUGUUUAUAUUGUUAUACAGGUAGUUCUUGAAUUACGACCACGGUUGAACCCAAAAUUUCCAUUGCUAAGCAAAAAAGAGAAUUUUGCCCCAUUUUGCAACUUUUCUUGCUAUGGUUAAGCGAAUCAUUUCAGUUGUUAAGUUAGUAACAUGGUUGUUAAAUAAAUCUGUCUUUGCCUGUCAAAAGGUCGCAAAAGGUGAUCACAUGACCUUGGGACACUGCAACUGUCAUUUUACAUGCCAGCUAAAUGUCCUAAUUUUGAUCAUGUGACUACAGGGAUGCUGCAAUUAUCAUACGUGGAAAAACUUUCGUAAGUCACUUUUUUCAGUGCCAUUGUGACUGAAUGGUUACUAAAUGAAAAUUGAGGACUAUCUGUAUUCAGAUUAGGAAUGCAAUUUAUUGUUUGGAAACAGUGAUACUGUUCAGAUUUCAAGGCAUAGGCAUGAACAAGUGGGGGAGGGCAAUUUGGUCACUCUGCUGAGUUCAGCGUUCCAUUAAGCACCAGAGUGGCAAAGGAACCUGUGAAGUGGAAAUGAUGUUUAUAUCCUGCAUGUACCAUCUAAUCAGUGGAACAUGGACAGCUGUAUCUUGGCUUUUGAAGUAGUUUUUAGAUUAGAAAUCCUACUUCAUGCAGAACAGUAUGAGAUGCUUGGGAGUAAAACUGGGCUUGAGUGGUGGUUAUGGUAUUGUAUUAGGAGCAAAGAUAACCAAUUUCUGGUCCACCUUCAGCCACUGGUGGUUUAGAGCCAGCCACUUUCUCCCAGCUUGACCUACUUCACAAGGUGGUUGGAAAAACAGAGUAGAGAAUGCUGUUAAUGUCACCAAAAUCCAGACUGAAAAAUGGGAUAGAAGUAAAAUAAAUACAACUCAAAAUGGCUAAAUCUUAAAAAAACAAAAGGCAUUGUAUGAAGCAGAGUAUGAAGAUGGUUGAAGCAAUGAUAAUUUGCAGAAAUAUGGUGAGGAAUAGUGAAUGGUGUUAGCAAACGUCAGAUAUGUGUCUCCUCUUAACUCAUGCUUUUAAUUUCUUUUGCUUACCAUUUCUUAGUUCUUUUCUUUGCUUUACAUAUUAUUACUGAACCUCAACAGGGAACAGUGUGAUGCAGUUAUUUAUGUAUGUAUUUAGAGAAAUCUUCAGACCAAGAUGGGAGUAUAUGAGAAAAGAUAUUCUGCUGUUCAGAGGCCAGCACCUUUAUCUGCUAUGAUGAGUGGAAAGAGUAAAUGAAACAGAAUUAAUGAUACUGCAUGUUAGUCUAGUAUUGCAUAGACGCUGUGACUUCUUUACAAUUUAUACAAAAUUUUUCUUUUUAAAGGCUGGACAGCUUCAAAAUGUUGCGUUCUCUUUGCAGCCUAAAGACUCAUGUACAUGUACGGGUGACUGUAUAAGUCUAAUGAAUGAAUAAAUCUUCAGUUACCCCAGCCUUGAAGACACA